AUGUCCCCGCUGUCCCCAGGGCUGGACGGGCUGAUGGAGCGCUGUGCGCAGUACAAGAAGGACGGCGCCGACUUUGCCAAGUGGCGCUGCGUGCUGAAGAUCUCGGCGCACACGCCCACGCGCCUGGCGGUCAUGGAGAACGCCAACGUGCUGGCGCGCUACGCCAGCAUCUGCCAGCAGAACGGCAUCGUGCCCAUCGUGGAGCCCGAGAUCCUCCCGGACGGUGACCACGACCUCAAGACCUGCCAGUACGUCACCGAGAAGGUCCGUGCC